AAUUACCUUUGGCUGCUUUUGUCCGUCACGCGGGACGAGAGGUUGUGUCCGACACGUGUCGAAGCAGAGUUGGAAGAGUGGGUGCGGACAUGGUCGGAUACGUUCACGUCGUCGGUUUGAUAUUUUCACCCCCCGGAGAGUCGGGAUUUAAUCCCGAAUAAUUUAAUGUAGAACAAACAAGCCCUCUUUGUAAGGCAACUUCUCAUGGAUCUGAGGGUGACUAUAUCAACCGCGGAAGCCAAGAAGGAAAAGGAGAGAAUAAAGAGGAGGACCAGAACACAGAGGGAUUCAGACACGAGAAACUGUGCACCGACAACCGUUUGCGUCACCGGACGUAGAAGGAGGGGGUGGUGCUCUUCGUCGGAACGGUACACCGGGGAAGGAGGACUGGCGGGAGCAAAGAGGCGGGCGUCGGACUGCGGGAACCGGCGGCAGAGGAUGACGGCCAAGAACGUGGUGUCCUGGUGGCGGAGGGAGGUGGUCUUCCGCGUCAAGCGAGCUUGGCUCGCCGUCUCCUCCCGCGUGGAGACUCGGAAGCACGGGAAAGGGAUUCUUAAGCUCUAUGAUGAUGUGCAAAUGUGUGGCUACCAAGAUGUGCAGGUUAUGUGGGAGAUUCUGACCAAACCUGAGAUGGAGACACCAAAGAGGCUGAAGCAGAGGAAGGGAUCGAUAUGGCGACUGUCAUCCUGCUGCAGAAGAACAAGAUUCUCCCUGAUGCAAUGGAAAACUAUCAGUGAAACAGUAGAUGAGAAAGGUAAACAAAGCUUGGCUAUGUCAUGAGAUCAUAACAAGUAGAGAUGACUGUAGAGUCUUGCAAGACUCAGGUGUACCUGUACAUAUGAUAUCUAUCACAAACCUCUCCCAUCAACUGAGGUGGAAGAAGGGUUUUAAGCUGUUGUCAA